AUGUAUUUGUCCACCGUGUAUCCUCCAACCAAAGAAUACUUCAAGUCAAUGCCAACCACAGAAUAUGGCCAGCACUUCUUGCAAAGGGCCCUGGUCAUCGACCCAAGGAAGAGAGCAAGCACAGAUGAGCUACUCCACCACGCCUUUCUGAGGGUCGCUUACUGUCCAGAAACCCUUUCCGAGUCAGCUUUCGAUUUCCCUCCUACGUUCCAGAAUGACGACAAGCGGCCUGCCGAUGAGGAUUCAGGCGUCGACUCUAGUCGGCAGAAGAAGAAGGUCAGGAUCACAAACGCUCAGGAAAAGUCCGAGACGGAUCAGGAGUGGUCGACAGAGGGCAUGGAGGAAGAGCUGGCCGAGUUCAAGAAGGCGAAGCUGGCUUGUAUCCAGGAGUUUAUGGCUGUCAAGAAGAAGACACUGGCUUUGGGUGAAUGGGGAACUGCCCUGAAGAAUAAGUACGGCCCUGACUUGGAUUUGCGCGUCCAGUCUUCUGGAGGCACCGAGCACUAA